AUGGUCUUUUGUGCUGAAUGCAAAAGUAAAGGUGUCUAUAUUGAAAAGUCGGGUCAACCUGCCGAAUUCUGUUCCAACCAGUGUCGAAAGGCAGCUGUGGAACAUGCUGGAACGUUAAACUCUCCGCCAGUGUUAUCAGUUGGGACAUUAGGAAUUGGACCACCAUCUAUGCCUUUGACGAAUAAUCCACCUUCCAUUCGGCCUUUUCGGGGAGUAGGUGGUACCUGGGUACCCGUUUCAGUUCCGUUAUGUCGUUUCUGUCAGACUAAACCAUGCUGGAAAGAUCCGUCAACACAAAUAUAUCUAUCUUUUUGUGGGAAGACAUGUAAAGAAGCGUUCGAAGGGAUGCCCUUGACACCAGCUCUUUCGACGCCUCCGACACCUGCGAGCAAUAUCCCUCAGAGUCCUACAAUAUCACAAGUAGUCAGGCCCAAUCAAUAUCAGCCAAUUAAUCAAUAUCAACCGACAAACGGGCAAAACCAACCUAUAACAAUGAAUGGGCAACUUCAACAACAGCAGCCAACAAAUGGACAAUUCACACAACAAUCAACAAAUGGGUCGCUUCCACCACGACCAACGAACGGGCAAUCAUUCCAACAGCCAUCAACCGUCGUGUUUCAACCUACGACUGUUAGUCCAAAUGACAGAUACCCACCUAACGCCUCAGAUCGUAAGAUUACGCGUGACGAUAAUUUUGAUGAUGACAAUCCAUAUGGAUUUAGGGACUAUUUGAAUAAGCCCGGUAACAAUGACAAUGCUUGA